AGCCUUCGAUUGUAGGGUCUGGAUUCAUGUGUCUAUGAAAUAUGAUUUGAUUAAAAUUGGGAAGUCGAUACUUUCCAAACUUGAAGCAAAUUGUUCUGGUGAUUUGGAUCACUUGAAGACACAACUGAAAGGAUUGCUCAAGGACAAGACUUUCUUGAUCGUUCUGGAUGACAUUUGGGAGGAAGACCCGCAUGAACUGGUGAAGUUGAUGGAUUUUCUGAAUGUUGGUGCAAAAGGAAGCAUGGUCUUAGUUACUACACGAUAUGAGAAAAUCGCUAUAAACAUGGACCCUGUUCUAUGCCACAGGCUGGACAGUUUAUCUGAUGGAGAAUGUUGGGAUCUUUUUAAGGAAACAGCCUUCGUCUCUGAAGCCAAAGAAGCAAGACUGCAACACAUCGGCAGAGAUAUAGUAAAGAAGUGCAAAGGUGUUCCUCUAGCUGUGAGAUCGCUUGCAUUUAUACUAAAAUUCAAGGAAGGGGUUGAUGAGUGGGAAGAUAUCAGGGAUAGUCACCUCUGGGAAUUGGAGGAAAAACAAGAUAUAUCUUUUGAGAGUGUCCUACCAUCAUUGAAGUUGAGCUUUCAACAUAUGUCUGCCACCUUGAAAUUAUGCUUUGUGUAUUGCUCUGUCUUCCCAAAAGGCAGUUACAUUGAUAAGGACUUGCUGAUCCAACAAUGGAUUGCACUUGGGUUUAUUCGGCUUAAUGAGUCGUUCCAUCCUGAAAGGCACGAUUACCAGGAAAUGUAUUGAAGCACCAAAUGUAUUCUGUUUGCAUGACCUAGUAUAUGACUUGGCAAGAUCCCUGGCGAUGGUGGACCUACUUUUCCUUGACACUGAGAGUAACCUUAAAGUUAGUUCCACACACAGUGAUUGCCGUUAUGCAGUGCUUACCAAUUGCAGUCCAACAACUCUCCCUAACAAGAUGAUGCGAAAACUGAGGGCUCUCCAUGUUAACGAAUGGAAGCAAGAAAAGAUCCCUAAU